AUGGAGGCCCAUAACGUGUUUACUUCGCUUCAGGAAUUGACAACGCUGGUGUCACAGCAGCAGAAAAUUCUCAGUGGCUUGAUUGAUACCUACUGUAGAAUGUCUGGGAUGGCUGGGCCCCUUGAACAAGAACAGAUUGAUGCUAUCAUUUCAAAAGAGCCAGCUGAGGGAAACGGAAGCUAUGUUAUCACUCACAAUCAGGUUCGGUCGUGCCUUGAUGGGCUCGGCAUGUGGAUGAUCAAAACAGUCGAAGAAUUGGCGUCUGAUGAGGAGAAACUUUCUUGUUUGCUGGCCAGCAUUGGUAAUUUAUUUGUGGUUGCAGCAAAUGGCAUUGCCAACAUUGCAAUUGUACGCAGUGGAAACAAAUCACAGGCUGCAGAACUACCGCCGGUGCUCCCAUACGAGCUUGCUGCAAGCAACAUGCGAGAUUUUGUCAAGACAAUUCAGAAGCACCGAACACGAUUACAGCGGAAAUUUUCAGACGAAGAAAUUGACCAACUUAGUCAAGAGUUUAGCAUAUUUCUCCGAGCGUACCGAGAAGAACCCUUGUUCCAAGACGCUUUAUUGCAUUCUUAUAAUCAGAAGAGUAAUUUCUCAGAGAGUCGGGCGGCAACUCAUGGACAAUUUCCGCUCGUUCAGAAAUUUUGCGGCGGGUUGGCAUCGGCAUUUCCAAAUACAGCGACAGUUGAGUCUGACUUUUCCGUCAUUAAUUGGGAGAAAGACAACACAAGGCAACAUCAUACAGACUUCUCGCUCGAAGGCAUUUUGCAUUGUAAACAAUACAACAAUCUGAAGGACCUCUCGGCUCUAAUUAAGGAGUAA